CAUGCCUUCGGUGUAAGAGACCUGGGUUCGAAUCCACUGUGACACACCUAUGUAUCCCUGAGUAAGACACUUAACCCCUAGUUGCUCCAGAGGCGUGCGACCUCUGACAUAUAUAGCAAUUGUAAGUCACUUUGGAUAAAAGCGUCAGAUAAAUGUAAAUAUAUAAAUUUUAUAUCUGUCUAAUUUUUUAAAUCUUUUUUUAUGAACUACUCCCUUAACCCUUUGCCUGGACAUCUAUAGAACAGUGCGGAUGAAACCUUAUUUUAAAGGCAUGAUUUAUAGACCUUCAGAAGUCAUGUAAAUUAACAAAACUAUAAAAGGAUGUACAUUUUUAUAUAAAUAUUUUAAUGUACAUUCAAACAUGCCAUUGCUAUUGAAUAGCAUUGGAGUCAAACUGUUUGAGAACAACAGCUCUAAAUCCUCUGCCAGUUUACAGGGAAGACAGAAUUGGAUCAGAUAGGAUAAAGCUGAUCUUAGGUGAGUAUUGGAAGGAGAAACUCUUCUUGACUCUCGUAAUUAUUUCUACACAGUUUUGCAAAGUGGGGAUGUAUUUGAAGUUCAGUGUAUGACGUCUUUCUAUUGGAUACUGACAUCUUGAGCCUCUGGAGACAUUUUCCAUUGCCUGCAGAGCUUUGUCAGCCCCUCAGAGUAGGUGAUAAGGGCUUCCCUCCACUUCCGAAUGAGCGGUUUGUUUUUGCCUGUAAGCUCAGAAGCUCUUCAGCAGGCACCCUACUGCUCACCCUACAGAUGAUAAGAUGCUCCAGAAGUCAGUGGAAAUACAAACAAAAUACUCACAUGCACGAAUUUCAGUAGGUUUUGUUUGUGUUGGGGAAAAAAGUAAUCUGUCUUCAAUUUGAGAAAUGCAUUUAUUUCCCAUAGGGGAAUGUUUGACUUUCAAGUAUUCGUUUCAUUGCAAUUGAUGCUUACAAACCUCAUACAGUUACACAGAGAUUCACAGAUAAUAGCUUUGUAAUGGCAAAAAGUGGCUGCUUUCAGUCUACCCUGCAACCUCUCACACCUCAUUUCAUUUCAAUUUCCGUCCCCGCAGAUAUUUAUCCUCUCGCUUUUUCAAGGAUACAGAGGCACUCUUCAGACGUUUGUCAAAAAGAAAUGGUCAAUGAACUUAAAGUCCCAACACAUAGGAAAUCAUAAGAAAAACAAAUAAACACUAGGCCCAAAAUCUGCCCUGGCUCACCCACCCAAACAAAGGAAGGGGCUUCUGCACGUAUCAGAGUGAUGUUUACAAAAUCCUCAUUAAGGAAAAGAAAGCAGAUAACGGUGGACACACACACACACACACACACACACACACACGCACACUGGGACACCACAAACACUAAAAACGCAGAGCUUCCUAGUUUGUUGAUAAGAGAGAGAGAGAGAAAGUAAGGAGAGCGAGAGAGAGAGAGAGAGAGAGAGAGAGAGAGAGAGAGAGAGGAAAAAACAUUUGAAAAGAGAUGCCACAGAGGGACAUCACUUUCACGUAGUGAAACCACCCUCUAACGUUUCAGACAUCAAAAGGUGAGAAGAAGAACAAAUGCUCAGAGGUCAGGAAUAGAGACACUUUAAUGCAGUGACCAGUCUGCGGCUACACAUAAGAACCAAAACAGCAUAGAACGGCUUUACUUACCUACAUUCUGCACUGGAGAGACCACUGACCUUCCAUCCAGAAGAAAGGGCUGAGUUCUUCAAAUUAAAGGCAUUUGUCUCUGGAUCCCUAGAUCUAGAUUUCGCUUACAUCAUGGGUCUCAGCAGGAAUUACUUUUGGAUUACAUGUUCAUCCAGCACAUGUGUUUUAUUGGCCCUUUCCCUGCUCUUCUGGGGGCCCUUCUGUGCACAGAGUAGCCCUAUCGGCUCCCCAGAGAGGCUCCGCACCGCUCCAGGGCUGGAUGACGGACAUGGAGGGGUUCUGGAUCCUUCACUUCUGGAGCAGGACAGUGAUGUAGACAUGCAGAGCUUGCUGGAGACCCUGAAGGGACAAUUUCUGCGCACAUUUAACCUGACACGUCCUGGCCCCCCUGUGCAUCCAGGGGCCACUCGAAUAGAGCCCCCUGAGUACAUGCUGGAGCUAUACAACCGCUACGCCAAUGACCGAACAGCAAUGCCUUCUGCAAACAUUGUACGCAGCUUUAAAAAUGAAGACGCUUCCCCAUACAAUGUGGGACCUAGUGGGGUGAGACGACACCCACUUAUCUUCAAUGUGUCUAUCCCAAAUCACGAGAGAGUCACCGCAGCUGAGCUCCGACUGUACACUUUGGUCCAGACUGACCGCAACAAAUACACUGGUGUUGACAGAAAAGUGACCAUAUAUGAGGUCAAACAGAUUGAAACGAACAGCAGUCAGCAAAUAGGUGUGGACAAUGUUGAUGGAGGGAAUCAAACCACGCAAGAGGAAGAAACAGAACUAGUGGAGUUGGCAUCUCGACAGGUUUACGGUACAGAUAGCGGGUGGGAAUCCUUUGACAUGACCGCUGCGGUGCACCUUUGGAGGAAAUCAGACUAUGGCACCACCCACAAACUGGAGGUCCACAUAGCCAGUUUGAACUCUCAGAGUUUGACAGCAACUGAAGGUAAGGAGGAUGGCACCGCCAGAGGAGGGAACAUGGACAUUGACACCAGCCCCGAGGACAAACACAAACCCUUAAUGAUCGUCUUCUCUGAUGACCAGAGCAUAGACCACCGCGGAGACCAACGAGAGCUCAAUGAGCUGAUCCAGCAUGAGACCACUGGGCCUGGUGUUCAAGACAACCUUGACCUAGAACUGACUGGUAUCUGGGACAACCUGGGAGUUAUGGGACGAAAAGAUGGGAAUGAGGAAGAGGAGCAGAACGAGGAGGCUCUCCUACAGAUGCGCUCCAACCUCAUCUAUGACACGGCAUCUAGAAUCCGACGCAAUGCCAAAGGCAACCAGUGUAAAAAGACCUCUCUCUAUGUGGACUUCAAAGACAUCGGCUGGGACAGCUGGAUCCUAGCGCCCUCCGGUUAUGAAGCCUUCGAGUGUACGGGGACGUGCAUGUACCCUUUGACCAAACACGUUACACCUACUAAACAUGCCAUUGUGCAAACUUUGGUCAGUCUGAAAAGUCCACAAAGAGUAUCCAGGGCUUGUUGCGUUCCCACUGAACUGGAUCCCAUCUCCUUGCUCUACCUAGAUGAUGCAGGUGUGGUGACAUAUCAGUAUAAAUAUGAAGGUAUGGUGGUAGCGAAGUGUGGAUGCAGAUAGUAUUUAAUGGACAUGGAGAAGUGGGGUGAAUCUGGGCCACAAGCUUAGAGUUUGGAUUGGAAAGAGACUAAAAGGCAGUCAUUGUCUACGACUAACAUUCCAAGUUUCUUCCAAAUGGCAGUGGAUGAGCUCUUACUCCCAACCUUAACAGCGUUAGCAGGAGUCAUGUAAUCAGUUGUGGAAUCAGCCAAUUCUGGAGCCACGUGACGAGGGGCCACAAUGCAGCAUUUAGUGGGAACGGUGACCAUUUCAUCCCUGCUGAACAAGGAUUGGGUGGAACAUAAGACAAUAAUUGAACCACUGACACGCCUCAAGAUCAGCCGGGAUAUCUUAUCAGUAAAGACUGAAGUUUAAGUCAGAGAUUGUAUCAACUCCAACUCGUUACAUACUUGGCCAUAUCGUUUGCGUCAGCAGAGUCCUCGCUAAGUGGGUGUUUCGUAAAGAUGGCAGCGAACUCAAGCACCACAGGGUCAGUCCAGUGACAUUACAGAGACAAGAAGCCUGUGAAACGGCCUGUUCCCAGUUUCCACAAAGCUCAGUAUCGUAUCUGUCGUGACUCUGCCAAGUCAAUAUGCAGCUUCCUGCCUAACAGAAUGCAUUUGAUAUGAACUGUCCAAGUUGAAGUAAAGUGUUUAUCAGAAAAGUCUUGUAAACGAGGGGUAAGACAAACCAGAAUGGACCAGGCUGGACUUUCGAAUGUGCCUGAGAACAACUCUUUCUCUGGAUAUCCGCAGUCUUACGACAAUGGGUUUCAUUCAUUAACCAGUCAUAUACAAAUUUGUGUGUGAAAUCUGCAUACAGUUUUUUUAAGGACAAAUCAUUAUUCAGCUUUGCAUUUUGUGAUUAAAUUCUUGGUGAUUUAAUGAAAACAUUGGGAACAACUAAAACAACACACCAGCAUUGAUACAAUUUUAAUUUAAAAUGUAUUUUAAUAGGUUCCAUCAUAUAGAGUAAAAAGUAAGAAAAGUACAUUAAGUUUCAAGGUUUUUCUUAACAACAACAACAAAAAAACAUCUGUACUUAUGUACAGCUGACUAAUGAGAGGUUUGUAAUCUGGGUCUAUACAAAGGUGUCUAUUAUAUUUGAACUGGAUUUGAGUUUUUAAUGGACAGGUUGUGCAGAAAGCUGUUGAUGGUUUGGCCAUGUUCUGUGUAAAUUAGUAUAAAAAUUAGAUGGAGUACAAGAAGAAUGUCAUGUGCAUAUGUACGUGUUAUGCAACGGCAUUCUCCUGUGUGUAUAAAAAACAAUCCAUGCAAUUAUUAAUGAAUAAAACCCAUUAUUUCAGUGCAAAACCUAAGCAAUAAACAGAUGAUCAUAAAAGAGAGCCAUCAGAAAAGGACAGUAUGAACUUCUGAAAUGUCUCAAAGCAAUUAAGCUGUUUUGAUAUAUAGCAUUUUCUUGGGCCAAUUAUCUUUUCUACAGUAACAUUUCUUCCUACUGAAACCUUGUCCGCAUUUGACCAUGGAAUUCAUUCACUAAUCAGCAUGUCACUGCAGAGUUGUGAGAAUGGGACAGUUGACAAAGGAUGCAUGCUGUAGAUCUUAGUCUGUAUUAGCGACAGACGGCAUCAACAAGGGGGAUACUGGGGGCUCAACCCCACCCGCUCCACAUGCCGUGCGAGCUGCGCUUCCACCCCGAAGCACAGCUUUGAUAAGAAGGUGUCAGGACUGAAAAACAUGUGUGUGUGGACCAAAGACAAUUCCAAGCUGAUUCCUGGGAAUGAGAAGCCAGUUGGCAGUUGUAUAUCAUAUCUACUUUUUGACCCCAGUUUACCCUAAAGCGAAGACACAUCAUUUACUCCCCAUUGCUCUUCUCCUGCAGUCUUCCAUCAUUCUUCUUCUCCUUUUGGACCCUUAUCGCCGUUAGGGCAGGAGGAUGAAUGGAAACUGUUUUGCAAGGUCAUGCCACCCACAGAUAUCCUUCACAAGACUUUUCAACCUGAUAAUAUCUUCCAGGAUUAUUCCCAUGCCUGAUGAAUACUUUGCAUUACUGACUUUGAUGUUAACUUUACUCUUGUUGAAGUACAAAAUGUGUUCUGCUGCUUUGAAUAAUUAUAAAGCUUAUUUAUUGAUUAAUUUAUUUGUUUUUAUUAUUAUUUAGGUGAUUUUGUAUAGAAAUACUGUACAUAUGACUACAUACACUAUUCACAGUAUAUGAUACUGUAUGAUGUUGUUGCGCAAAGAAUAUGGGUAUUCAAGUAUAUAAAUUAAUUUAAAAAAAAAAUAUUAAUUGUAAUAAUUUAUCAUUUUCUCAUUUAGUAUGUGUUAAAAUACUCAGUGAUGUUGUAUGUGCUUUAAUCAACCGCUUUUCAAGCACUGACGUCUUGUUUGGAUUUGUGUAUAUCUUUAAAUAGUUUGUUGAUCCUCUUGUCCCUUGCACCCAAACACUGCAUAACUUCUUAACCAGAUAUAUUUAGCAACGAUCAAUCCAGAGCUCGCUGUUUAGACAUGGGGUGUGGGAGCGAUUCACAAAUUUAACUUCCCAUUGAAGACCAGCAGCUCAAAGGCCCAUAGUUUACAAGUGUCAAGCAGAUCCACGUCCAUGGGAAGCUGACUGGAAACUAACGACCACACAGGCUCAUCUGCUCUGCAGCUUGAAACUGUGCAGAUGUAUUUGCUUCUUUUUUAGGGUUUGGGGUGGGGGGCAUAGGAAGUGUUUAGCUUUAUUCUCUAUAUAUUUAAGAUGUGAAGUUGGUAAUUGUCAGUUGCUGUUGUAAAACAAUGUAUUUUGCCAUGUACAAACGCACAG